AUGGCUUUGGAUUCAUUCUCUUAUCCACUAAAGAACACAAGAGUGCUCUUUUUAACUGGAUUCUCUUCUUUCACUGGUCUAUUAUCAGCUGUGCAUAAUGUGGUACAAUCGCGCUUCAGGAUUGGUCAGAGAGCUGAGGAUUUAGAUCUUGCAGAGUUCCCAACUCCAGUGAAACCCAAAAUAAGAAUGGUUUUGCAGUGCAAGCUGUUUGGCUUCAGUCUCUCUAGUUUUGUUAGUGAUCUCAGGUGCAUCUCAGGCAGUCUGAAGGCUAAAGCAUGGGACAAGGGAUUUGAAGAAUGGAAAAUCAAGGGAUUCGAAUAUUCCAAGCUCUACAUGGAGCAUAAGGGAGUUCGGAGACCGAAACCUUAUUGGAAGAGGAGGGUUUGGGAAUGUCUACAACCUUCAAGGGAGUCCCAAAAAGCUCUUGUUCAGCAAACCAAAGAGUACACACAAGGAAACAAGAUCUUGACUGGAGUUGCAGAGUCCUUGUUAUAUCUCCAUGAAGAAUGCAACCAAAGGGUGGUCCACAGGGACGUGAAGGCAAGCAAUGCCCCAACAGAUGCAGACCUAAAUGCCAAGCUUGGAGAAUUUUCCCUAUCCAGAAUAUAUGACCAUGACAUCAAUCCUCAAACAAUCCAUAUUGGAGGGACACUUGGCUACCUUGCUCAUGAGCUCACUAAGACUGAGGAAGCCACAACAAGCACAGAUGUGUAUAAUUAUGAUGCUCUUAUGAUAGGGGUGGUUUGUCGUAGGAGGCCAAUUGUUGCGCCGCAGAAGAAUGCACAGGAAUUGGCAUUGUAG